AUGGCUGCAGCAGUGGAAAAGUUCGACGGCAAGGAAGAGAUCCAGCUGGAGCAUCUGGCAAAAGACACCAAAGAGGCACCCGGAUUCCUGUACGAGGACCCGAAGACGACGCCACCCAAGUCUCGCGAGGAGCGCAGGCUUGUGCUCAAGGCCGAUCUAUUGAUCGUGGGCAUGACCUCGUUGGUCUUCUUGGUCAACCAGUGGGAUCGAGGAAACAUCGGCAAUGCCCGGGUCAUGGGCUUCCAACGCGACUUGAACAUGAGCAAUGGACAGUUCUACAACGCCGUCUCCCUCUAUUAUGUCGGGUACACCGUUUCCAUUCUUCCCGCCAGUCUGUCUGUCCGCAUCUUCAAGCCCCACAGGCAGGUCGGCGGCUGCGUGAUCCUCUUCGCCACCCUGUCAUGCUGUAUGGCCGCGGCGAAAAACGCUGGCACCGUCUUGGCCCUGCGAAUCAUCUUCGGGUUCGCGUCGGCGUUCCUUCAAGCCUUGACGCUUUAUAUCAGUGUCUUCUAUUCGGCCGCCACCAUCGCCGGCGGCUUCAGCGGUCUCAUCGCCUACGCGAUACAAAAGAACCUGGAUGGCGCCCUCGGCAAACCGUCCUGGUACUGGCUCUUUAUCAUUGAAGGCGUUGCCGGCAUCUUCGUCGGUCUGGCCUGUUGGAUUCUGUUGCCGCCAGCUCCAGAUCAGUUGAAGAAAAAACACUGGAUCUUCAGUGACAAUGAAAUCGACCUGGCAAUCGACCGCAUGAAGACGUACAACGUCGAGCACGCAGGGUUCAAGUGGAAGCAGAUGUUGAUUGCCCUCAAAGAUCCCAAAACGAUUCCUUUCUGGUUCAUCAGCGCGGGGGUGUCUCUGGCACUGGCUUCCAUCAGCGCUUUCUUGCCUAGCUUCAUAGCUCAGUUUGGAUACUCUGCUGUGCAGACCCAGCUCUUUUCAAUCAUCCCAUAUGCAUGCGCCUUCGUCACGUUGAUUGUGGUGAACAUGGCCUCCGACCGACUCAACGCCAAGGGAGUAUUCCUCAUGGGCCUCCUGUGUAGCAGCAUCGUUGGGUAUAUCAUCCUGAUCGCGGUUCACAAUGUCAAGGUCAAGAUAUUUGCCACAUGCCUGAUCACCAUGGGCACAUUCCCGGGUGUGACGCUGAUGGGAGCUUGGAUGAACAUCAACACUGGGGGCUUCACCAAGCGCGCCACCACCUGGGGCACGGCUGAGAUUGUCGGGCAGUGUUUCGCUAUCCUCGGGUCGCAUAUCUACACGGAUCCCCCGCAAUACAUCAAGGGCCACUCGAUCGCACUGGCCUUUGAGGUCCUUGCAUUAAUGUCGGCUGUGUUCUGCUGGUUCUGGAUGCGGUGGCUCAACAAUAAGAAGGACAGGGAGGCGCUGGAACAUGCCGCAGCUGGGACGACAGAUCCGAAUCUCCAUAAGACUCUCGAGGACGUCCAGGACUAUCAUCCUUCGUUCCAAUACAUUCUGUAG